AUGGCCCAAGUCCUCCGUCGCCGCAAUCCCAGCCCGGACGUAGCCCUCAAGGCCGUCCUGGCUGCCCAGAACCAGACCGAGGCGCAAGCCAUUACGAGCCCACCAGACACGACCGAACAAGUCCUCGAGACUUGCAACGCCCUGACCUUUACCCGGUUCACCGCCCAAGACGCCUACGACCUGGGCCAGCUGCUCUACGCGCGGCUGCUGCCCCUCUCGCGCAAGGGGAAGCCCACGGUGAUCAGCAUCGCGGCCGCCAACACGGAGCAGAUCCUGUUCCAGGCCGCCGUCGGGUCGGGCACCCUCCCGGACAACGAGCUGUGGGUGCGCCGCAAGCGCGCGUCGGUCCUGCGCUGGGGCUGCAGCACGUGGCUGCUGCAGUGCAAGUACGCGGGCGACGAGGAGGCGUUCCGCGCCAAGUUUGGGAUGAGCCAGGAGCAGGCCGGUCGGUAUGCGAUCCACGGGGGAGGCGUGCCGAUCCGGGUGGACGGGGUCGAGGGCGUGGUGGCGGUCGUCGUGGUCAGUGGGUUGAAGCAGCACGAGGACCAUGGGGUCAUCUUUGACGUGGUCAAGGAGCAUUGGGAGAGUGUCUAG